AUGAAGGUUAAGCCAUCAAACGCUGCCAGCGCUCCAAAGCGCAAUGCCCUCGGCGAUGCUAGCAAUCGUGCGAACCAAUCGCCCUCGAAGGUGACCAAAAAGAAGCCAUCAACCGGCAAGGAGCGUGAGAAGGAUAUCAGCUUCGAAGAAUAUAUGGCCGCUGCUAGACAACAAUUCGAAGAGGCGCAGAGUUUCGGACCACGGCCGACCAUUGCAUCGGGUAACACUAAACGACCGAAGGCAAAGAGUGCAGCCGCGAGUGGUGGCGCAUCGUCAUCAUCGAACAAGAAAGGAAAGGCGGAAACAACGCUGGAACAGGAGAUCGCGGUUUAUACGCAGAACCUUGAUGACCUGAUAUGCACGAGUGCCUUUGAGGACGACCCGUUACCCAGUUGCCAGACCGUGCGAAACCAUAUCCACAAGCUACUCGAUGCCGGUAUCAUGACGAAGACGGAUUUUUCGAAGGCUAUUGGAUGUCGAAGUGUUAAUACCUUGAAUGCAUUUCUAAGACAGACGGGUUCGAACGGAGGAAGUAGUAGUGUUGUGUAUUUCAACGCCUGGGCGUGGUUCCGACAGCGUGAGGUUGCGAAGUUGAAGAUGCCGGAUAUGAAGAAGAAACAGGCGCAAGAGGCUGGUGCUGCCAGUGGUUCUAGCGCCGGCGGUUCGACUUCGAAGACGGCGGCUGCUAAGUCACUUCCCGAUAUCAGUCACAUCUACUUGGGUGGCGAGGACGAGGACGAUGUCAGCGUGUGGGAUACCUGCGACGAGGUCCGCAAAAAGAUCAACGCACACCUGAGGACGUCGGGAGUGACACAGGCCCAGUUCUGCCGCGACAUAUUCGCACAACUCCGCCAGCCCAAGAUCAAAAGCAUCCAGUCGAAGCAACUUUCCGACUUCCUCCACGGUAAGGGUCCCAGGACGGGUGCCAAGAGCACGGUCUUCUACGCGGCGUGGGUGUACUUUGAGAAGCUGCGCAUCGCGUCCGGCAAGCCGAAAUCUAAGCAUCGCGAGGAUAUGGAGGACAUCUGGUCUUGCAUGGGUGGAUUCGAUCGUACAGCUGAUAAUAGGACCUCAUUCGUCGUUCGUGCAGAGUCCAAUCCACGCAUGGAUCGUUACGGCCGUAUCUUCGGCUGA